AUGGCCGAGCAAUCAUACACAGUUGCGUCCGACAGUGAAACCUCAUAUGGUGACAAACCAUCUCCGUUCCCGGACGUUGCCCUUGGAAUCGACAUUGGGACCUCCCAGUGCAGCGUUGCCAUAUGGAAUGGAUCAUAUGUGGAACUUCUCACUAAUACUAGAAACCAGAAACAUCUGCGAUCAUAUGUGUUAUUCAAGGACGAGCUCCCCACUGGAGGAGUAAGUGAAGAACUUGGGCACGACGAAGAAGAAAUAUUCUCAGGAAGCGCCAUUUUUAACAUGAAGCGCUUGAUAGGAAGGGUGGAUACAGACCAGGUGGUGCACUCAAGUAAGACCCUUCCGUUCCUCGUGCAGACGCUGGACAUUGGCGUCCGACCUUUCAUUGCAGCUCUGGUAAAUAAUGUCUGGAGAUCGACAACACCUGAGGAGGUUCUCGCGAUCUUUCUAGUGGAGCUGAAGGCCAUGGCUGAGAUCCAGCUGAAACGUCCGGUGAGAAAUGUCGUGCUCACGAUUCCCGUCGCCUUCAGUCGGUUUCAGCAGACCAGGAUUGAGCGAGCGUGUGCCAUGGCAGGCCUUCGUAUUCUCAGGCUGAUGCCGGAGCCCACAGCCGUCGCCCUUCUCUACGCACAGCAGCAGCAGCAUGCCGUCCAAGAAAACAUGGGAAGCGGUUGUGAGAAGAUUGCUCUUAUAUUCAACAUGGGCGCGGGGUAUACCGACGUUGCUAUAACGGCCACCGCGGGAGGAGUCUCACAGAUCAAAGCACUCUCGGGAUGUUCAAUGGGCGGAGAAGACAUACUCCAGAAUGCGAUGCGCCAUCUCCUACCGGACUUGGAAAGUCUCUGCUCAAAUCACAGCUUAGAAGCGAUCAAAUCCAUGGGUUUGCUUCGAAUCGCCGCCCAAGACGCAAUCCACAAGCUGUCCACGGAGUCGAGCGUCUCCAUUGACGUGAGCUUGAGCGGCGAGUCGAAGCUAUCCCGCACUCUGGAUCGGGCGCAGUUGGAGGACAUCAACAAGAGCAUCUUCGAGAGAUGCGAGAGCCUGGUAAGACAGUGCCUGGCCGACGCAAAGCUAGAAGCCGACGACGUAAACGAUGUCAUACUAGUGGGAGGCUGCACGAAGAUCCCCAAGAUCAGAAGUUUGGUUCUUGGCCUGUGCGGGAAGAAGAGCCACUACGAGGGGAUGAUGAGCCCCCUGGAAGCAGCAGUGUGCGGCGCCGCUCUGGAGGGGGCCGUCGCCUCUGGAAUCAGCGACCCCUCAGGGAGCCUGGACUUGCUGACCAUUCAGGCCACCCCUCUCAGCCUAGGAGUCCGCGCGGAUGGAGAGAGCUUCAUCCCGAUCAUUCACAGGAACACGGCCGUCCCUGCAAGGAAAGACGUGCUCUUCACGACGGCCCACGACAACCAGACGGAGGCCCUGGUUGUCGUCUACGAAGGCGAGGGCAAGGCUGUUGGGGAGAACCACCUCCUGGGUUACUUCAAGGUCACGGGGAUUCCUCCUGGGCCGAAGGGCUCCGCCGAGAUCAGCGUGUGCAUGGACGUGGACGCCUCCAAUGUGCUGAGGAUCUUGGCCGGGGUGAUCUCCCCCGCGACUCAGCUCCCGGUGGCGCCGCUCAUCGAAGUGAGGAUGCCGACGCUCGACGACGGGCACGGGUGGUGCGCAAAGGCGCUGGAGAAGAUGUACGGCUCAAGCAUGGACUUGUGCACGGCAGCGAAGCGCCACCACCGGUGA